AUGCAUGAAAAUUGUCGGCUUGAAUCUGGUAAAUGUAAUGGCAAAAGAGAGAGCCUUUCUAAACCAGAAAUAGAUCAAAUUGAUAGAAACCACGUCUUGUCCGAGAGAAAGCGUAGAGAAAAAAUAAAUGAGCGAUUUUUGAUUCUUGGAUCCUUAGUCCCAUCUGGUGGCAAGGUACUUGCAACCGCACUUCUUUUUUACAACUGCAUUUGGAAAGCUUUGCCGCUUUCCAAAGCUUCUUCGUGGUUUCUUGCAACUCAGCUCCGUCCACUUGGACGGAGGCAUGAGAUGCCUCCAUCCAAAGGUGGACGGAGGCAUGGAGCCUCCAUGCCUCCGUCCAAGUGGAUGGAGGCAUGGUGGGCCUGUCAAAUUCUGCACUUUCUCAGGUGA